AUGCAACAUCAGCAGCAACACAGAGCACAGAGCAGGCAAUCAACUAUCAAUGGUGAAAUUGUCAUUGUACAGAGUCAUAAACAGCCAGGGUCUGGAAAAUCAGCUUCUCUUCGAUUAUAUAGUUGCGCAGAAGUCGAUCCAAAAACUGGCAAAGGCAAAAUGAGCAGCCAAGCAAACCUCAAAUGUAGAAAGACCAAAACAAGUAAUGGUGAAAAAACCAGAACAUAUCAUGUCAAGUUUUAUGUUGAAUCAAGCUUUGGAAUUCCAGGAGCUUUCGUUAUAAGAAACCCAGGGAAGCAUAGAUUCUUCCUCCAAUCUGCAUCUUUUGAAACUCACAGCAAUCAGAUUAUCCAAUUUGACUGCCACUCCUGGGUCUACCCGUCCCAGAAGACCAAAAACUUUGAUCGAAUCUUCUUCUCAAAUACUAAAUAUCUUCCAAAUCAAACACCCCAAGGACUAAUGAAACUGAGGAAUAAAGAGCUUAUUAGCUUGAGAGGAGAUGGAAGUGGGGAGAGGAAAGAAGGGGAUCGAAUUUACGACUACGACUACUACAAUGAUCUUGGGAAUCCUGACAAAGGUCCAGAACAUGUGAGACCUGUCUUGGGUGGGUCUGAAUUGCAUCCAUAUCCUCGCAGAGGAAGAACAGGCCGCCCUCCUAGCAAUGCAGAUCCUUUAACCGAGAGCCGGCCAUGUACCACUAACCUGGACAUAUAUGUUCCUCUGGAUGAGAGGUUCAGCCCCAAGAAACAAUCUGAGUUCACAUCAAAUUCAAUCCAGGCUGCUCUAUGGUUCCUGAUCCGUGAGGUAAAAUUUGUGAUGCAAAAAGAUUCCAAUCAUUUUGAGUCAUUUGAUGAGAUACAUGACAUGUUUUCUGACGACCAAAAUCAAGUAACUGAGGGGUCACUCGAAGAGAAGCUGAAAGCUAUGGUACCAAAUGACCUUUUCAAAGAUAUUGCUCAUGCAAUCAAAACCCCAUUGAAAUUUCCAGUUCCUCAAAUGAUAGCAGAAAAUGAAUUUGCAUGGAAGGAUGAUGAAGAGUUUGGGCGCCAAAUGCUUGCAGGAAUUAAUCCAGCACGAAUACGAUCCUUGGAGGUAUUUCCACCACAAAGCAAAAAUGGAAUGGUGAGUUCGAUAGAGCCAUCACACAUAGAGCACAACCUUGAAGGGAUGACUCUUGCUCAGGCAAUGAAUAAUUGGAGGAUAUUCAUCUUAGAUCACCAUGACUAUCUCAUACCCUUCUUAAGAAAAAUCAACACAAAGGAUGUAUGUACUUACGCGUCCCGUACACUACUGUUCUUGAAGAGUGAUGCCACACUAAAGCCAAUAGCAAUAGAACUUAGUUUUCCGGGAUUAGCGGAAGGCCAAGAGAUCAGUUGGGUAUUUACUCCAGCAAGACAGGGCGAAGCAGCGGCACUGUGGCACUAUGCCAAGGCUCAUGUUGCAGUUAAUGACACUGUGUAUCAUCAACUAGUCAGCCAUUGGUUGCAUACACAUGCGGUGGUUGAACCGUUCAUCAUUGCUACGAGAAGGCAGCUAAGUGGGAUGCACCCAAUCCAUUGGCUACUAGAUCCUCAUUUCAAGGACACCAUGCACAUAAAUGCGCUGGCUCGUAGUAUGCUCAUUAACUCUGGAGGAAUCCUGGAGAAGACAUUGUUUUCUGCUGAACUCUCCAUGGAAUUAUCUGCUGAGCUCUACAAAGAGUGGAGAUUUGAUGAGCAAGCCCUUCCUGCUGAUCUACUUAAAAGAGGUAUGGCCAUAGAAGACCCAGAUCCAGAUAACCCCACAGGGGUUCAGCUCCUCUUCCAGGACUAUCCGUAUGGCUCAGAUGGACUUGAGAUAUGGAGCGCCAUCCAGGCAUGGGUUACAGAUUUUUGCAUGCUCUUCUACACAGAUGACGAGUCUGUAAGAUCUGAUGAAGAAAUCCAAGCAUGGUGGUCGGAAAUCCGAAAUGUGGGUCAUGGUGAUAAGAGCAGUGAAACAUGGUGGUACGACAUGACAUCACAAGAGGACCUAAUCAAAGCUUUGACGACUCUUAUAUGGAUUGCAUCAGCCCUUCAUGCUUCAGUAAACUUUGGGCAAUAUGCAUAUGCUGGCUAUCCCCUAAAUCGUCCCACACUGUGCCGAAAGUUCAUUCCUGAGGAAGGAACAUUUGAAUAUGCGGAGUUCCUGAAGGAUCCAGACAAAUACUACCUUAACAUGUUGCCUGAAAGAAUUGAGAUGACCUUGGGUAUAGCACUAGCAGAGGCCGUCUCAAGACACACUUCGGAUGAAGUGUACUUGGGUCAGAGGUCAUCGUCGUUGUGGAUAAAUAAUGAAGAGGUUAGCCAUAAGUUUGAAAAGUUCAAUCAAGAACUUCGAAAUAUAGAGAAAAGAAUUAAGGAAAAGAAUACCAAUCCCGAGCUUAACAACAGAAGGGGCCGUGCUGAGAUUCCGUACAUGCUUUUGUACCCUGAUACAUCCAAUGUUGAAUCCAGAGGGGGCAUCACAGGGAAGGGGAUUCCUAACAGCAUAUCCAUUUGA